AUGGAGGGUCUCGGUGUUGUCGCCAACGUGAUCGCAGUCGUUGACUUAUCUGUGAAGGUUGCGUCCCUCUGCCUCCAGUACGCCAAAGACGUAAGAAAUGCCGCAGCGGAUAUUGAGCGACUCCACAAAGAAGUCACCAACCUUCGACGAACUUCUCAAGAUGUUCAGAGUUUGCUGAAGAGUCCUAAUGGGAAAAAGCUCGAGAAAUCUCGGAAUUUGGACGAUGCUCUUGGUCGCAGCCUCUUGCGCCUUGCGGAGCUCAAGGAGAGACUCAAACCCAGCACAACCUACAAGGCAAUGAGCAGAAUAGGACUUCGUGCUUUGAAGUGGCCGUUCAACCGCAAUGAAGUCGAGCAACUUCUCCAGGAAUUUCGGAGAUGCACUCAGACAAUCUCUUUGACUCUCCAAGUGGAUCAAACUGGAGUUCUUCUCGAAGUUGAUCGGAACAUCGUACAAAUCGACAGAAAACUAUUCAGUAUCGACCAAAAGACAGUACUACAGCAGCUUCCUGUAGCUGAAGGGGCAAGUUUCGAUUCCCGCGCUGAGGAACACAACCCAACCUGUCUGCCCAACACGCGAGUCGACAUUCUCCAACAAAUUUCGGAUUGGUCUAAUGACCCUCAUGCCAAGCCCGUUUUCUGGCUUAAUGGGAUGGCUGGUACGGGAAAGUCUACCAUAUCCCGCACUCUUGCUCGGUCAUUUGCCAGCUCAGGCUUUCUUGGCGCAAGCUUUCUGUUCAAGAGAGGGGAAGCCGACCGAGGGAGCCUAUCUAAAUUCUUCACAACAAUUGCAGCCCAGUUGGCCGAAAGAGUCCCCGAUCUUGCAGUGCAUAUUAAAGCUGCAAUCGAUGCCGAACCUACUAUUGCUAGAAAGGCAGCACGGGAACAGUUCGACAGGCUUAUUAUACAGCCGCUGGGAAAGAUCCGUCAAGAGUCUCAGGGACUAACUACUUUGGUAGUUGUUGUUGAUGCUCUUGAUAAAUGUGAGCUUGAUAAAGACGUCAAGUUAAUCAUUAAUCUUUUCUCUCACUCCAAGACCUUGCAGUUUCUAAGUCUAAGGUUCUUCGUGACUAGCAGGCUAGAACUUCCUAUCCGCCUUGGUUUUAAUGCUAUUAAGGGCAUAUACCAGGAUGUUGUCCUUUAUGGAAUUGAUCCUCAAAUUAUUAAGUAUAACAUCUCGGCGUUUAUCGAGCAGGAGCUUAUGAGAAUUAAGAACGAGUACAACUUGUCUGUAUCAGAAGACCGGCAACUAUCAACUGAAUGGCCAGGGGGAAGAAACAUCGACAUUCUUGUCGAAAUGGCUAUCCCGCUGUUUGUCUUUGCUGCUACUGUGUGCCGUUUCCUUGCCGAUCGAAAAUGCGGCAACCCCAACAAGCAAUUGGAACAGGUCCUAGAGUUUCAAUCAGAAAGCCAGACAUCACAGCUUGACGCGAUGUAUCUGCCCAUCAUGCAUCGGCUCAUUGACGGCUUAACAGAAAAGCAGCAGGAUGAGGUUAUCAAGCGUUUUAGGUACAUCGUUAGUUCCAUUGUUACUCUUGCGAACCCUCUGCCUCUGCCUGCUCUUGGCCAUAUUCUGGAUGUUCAGAAAGAGACGAUCGAUGACCAGUUAGAUCUGCUUCACUCGGUCCUAAGCAUACCGUCAUCUGCC